AUGGCGCCUCAGCGGCAGCAGCAGCACAAGGGCGCCGUGGUCGCGCUCUUCCUGUUGGCCGCCUUCGUGGCCGCGCCCGCGGUUGUUGCCUCCAGGCCCGAAGCCGGCGGCUACGCACCCGCCGCGCCCUCCGAGGCCGCGACGCCGGCCGAGCCCGCCGCUAGCACACCCGCCGAGGCGGCAACGCCGGCCGAGCCCGCUGCCGACGCGGCAACGCCCACCAAGCCCGCUGCAGGCUACACUGACUCUACACCCGCCGAGUCCGCAGCCAGCACGCCCGCCGAGGCGGCGACGCCGGCCGAGCCCGCCGCCAGCACGCCUGCCGAGGAGUCAUCGCCCGCCAAGCCCGCUGCGGGCUACACUGACUCUACACCGGCCGAGCCCGCUGCCAGCACGCCCGCCGAGGCGGCGACGCCGACCGAGCCUGCCGCCAGCUCGCCCGCCGAGGCAGCGACGCCGACCGAGCCCGCCGCCAGCACGCCCGCCGAGGCGGCGACGCCGACCGAGCCCGCUUCCAGCACGCCCGCCGAGGCGGCGACGGCCGACAAGCCCGCGGCGGGCUACACUGACACUACACCGGCCGAGCCUGCCGCCGAUGGCACUACGACGCCGGCCGCAGAAGGGAAGGCAACGACGGUCGAGCAGAAGUUCAUCGAGAAGCUGAACGCGGCAUACAAGAUGGCUCUGGACGCGGCCAAUGCGGCGGCGCCCGACGACAAGUUCUCGGUGUUCGACGCCGCCUUCAACAACGAGGUCAAGCAGUGCAUCGCCGGGAUGCCCAACGGCGCCAAAUUCGUCGCCAUGGUCAACCGCGCCUUCAAGAUAGCGUACAGCUCCGCCAUUGCCGCCCCCACGGCACAGAACAAGUUCUCCAUCUUGGUGCUCACCCUCACGGAGGCCCUCCGCUUCAUCGCCGCCACCGUCGAGUCCCACGCCGUUAAGCCGGCCAUCGAGGAGGUGGUCGCCGGCGGCAUCAAGGCCGCGGCCGGCGCGCAGCAGGUCAUCAAGAAGCUCGACUCGGCCAUCAAGGCAGCCGUCGCCGCCGCCAAGGAAGCUCCGAAAGCCGACAAGGUCGUGGUGUUCCAAGCCACCUUCAACAAGGCCAUUAAGGACCAGAUGGGCCCCGCCUAUGACGAGAGCAAGACGAUCAAUGGGCUUAACGCCGCGUACAACGAGGCCAUCGCCGCCGCCGCCGCGUCCAAGCCCGAGGCUAAGGACACCGACAUCGAGGACGCCUUCGCCAAGUCAAUCACCUCCAUGGCUGAAGCCGCCAAGGCUGGCGCCGAAGCUGCGACCGAGCCCGCCGCAGAAGCCGCUAGCAAGCCUGCAGCUGACGAAGCAGGCUACAAGCCCGCAGACAAAUCUGCUACUGAGCCCGCUGCCGAAGCCGAAGCCGCCACCAAGCCAGCGGCGGAAGCUGCCACUGAGACUCCUGCUGAUGCCAGUUACAAGCCCGCGGCCGAAGCUGCUGCCGAGCCCGCAGCCGAAGCUGCUGCCGAGCCUGCUGCCAAGCCCGCAACCGAAGCCGCUCCUGAGACCCCUGCUGAAGCGCCUACCAAGCCCGCAACCGAAGCCGCUCCUGAGACCCCUGCUGAAGCGCCUACGAAGCCCGCAACCGAAGCCGCUCCUGAAACCCCUGCUGCUGAAGAGGCUACCAAGCCCGCAGAUGCUGAAGCCGGCUACAAGCCUGCCAAAACUGCUGCCGCUGACAAACCUGCCAAAACUGCUGCCGCUGACAAACCUGCUGCCGCAGGCGGCUACAAUCUGUGAGCUGCUGGCGCUAGCUAGCCUUUUCCCUUCGUCAUUGCAUUUAGCCGCGCGGUCGAAACAGUGCCAUUGGUGUAAUAAUUAUUUUCGUAUUUUUGUCUAGUAGUUAUGCGAUGGUGCAUUGCAUGGAUGUAAUCCCCCGUGACAAUUCAGGUUAAGUCCCCGUGAGCCGUGAUAAAUCUUCAGUUAUGCUAAUUUAUACUGGAUUGGUAUCUUUUUC